AUGUCCACUGACCGUUCUCAAGUUUUUGGUGUUGCCAGAAUUUUUGCUUCAUUCAACGAUACUUUCGUCCACGUCACCGAUUUGUCCGGUAAGGAAACCAUCUCCAGAGUUACCGGUGGUAUGAAAGUCAAGGCUGACAGAGAUGAAUCAUCCCCAUACGCUGCUAUGUUGGCUGCUCAAGAUGUUGCUGCCAAGUGUAAGGAAGUUGGUAUUACUGCCGUCCACAUUAAAUUGAGAGCUACUGGUGGUACCAAGACCAAGACCCCAGGUCCAGGUGGUCAAUCUGCUUUGAGAGCUUUGGCUAGAUCUGGUUUGAGAAUUGGAAGAAUCGAAGACGUUACUCCAGUUCCAUCAGAUUCUACUAGAAGAAAGGGUGGUAGAAGAGGUAGAAGAUUAUAA